GCAAAACGUGGAUGAAGUACUACACAGACGAGAGUAGAAGAAGCUUUCCCCCACGACUUUGACGUUUAGCAGCAGCGGCUGUCUUGACCUUCCUACAGCGGAGUGACAAACUGAAAAAUGGCUGGACGUGCGUUUGCAAAUUGGUGGGGGAAGAUGAGCCCUUACUACACAAAGGCAUACCAAGAGAUGUGGGUUGGUGUUGGCAUCAUGACAUACCUGUACUACAAAGUUUCCUACGGGGGUAAGAAGGCUGUGAAGAGCAAGCCAGCCCACUGAGUUUUCCACCAUGCUGACCACCCCUUCACCUGCUGUGAAAUAAUGCCCCAGUCGCUAGUCCAACUUCCAAUUUAAAUUUUUGUUAAUAUGGAACAAAUAAAGUUGCUAUCCAAAGUUUUGGUCAUUUCA